GCGGUGCAGGUCCCCGCGCUGCCGAGCCGAGCCGAGCCGAGCGAGGUGGCCGCCGCUGGAGGGCCGGGAGCCGGGCCGGGAGCGGGCUGGCGGCAGACAGCCUGUCCAGCGAUGAGGCAGUGCACCUAAGGCCCGGCCACCACAGGGAUGGAGCUGAAGGUCUGGGUGGACGGGAUCCAGAGGGUCGUCUGCGGUGUCUCGGAGCAAACCACCUGCCAAGAGGUGGUCAUUGCCUUGGCACGGGCCAUUGGUCAGACAGGCCGCUACGUGCUGGUGCAGAAGCUGCGGGAGAAGGAGCAUCAGCUGCUGCCGCUGGAGUGUCCCCUGGAAGCGCUGGCCAAGUGCGGGCAGUAUGCCAACGAUGUGCAGUUCAUCCUGCGGCGGACGGGCCCCAGCGUGGCCGAGCGGCCCUCCUCCGAGGGCGCUCCCCUGGCACCCGAGAGGACGUUUAUCCGGGCCAGCUUGCCCAUCAAGCCUAGGCCCGUGGGUGCGGAUGUGCCCCGCUUCCGGGAGCCAAAAAAAUCCAUGACUUUCAACUUGGGUCCUACAGGCUCCGGCGACCCCUUUGCCGUGAGCCGCUGGAGACACCAAGCACGGGAAGGGAUGGACCUGGAGGGAGGUGGGGUUGUCCAGCCCUCCAAGGAGGAGCUGUUCAGGAGGGUGCUGCAGCAGCAGGAGCAGCUGCAUUCCUUGGAGGCCCACGGGGACACUCUGGAGAUGGACCUACGGCUCUGGGAGCGCGGGCGGCUCGCUGGGCAGGAGGAUGAGAUCCUCUACCUGGAGCACCUGGUGCGGCGGAAUGAGACGGAGCUGGGCGAGGAGGAGUUCUGGCAGAGCGAGCUCCGGCUGGAGAAGGAAUGCGAGCGGGAGCGGCAGGAGCGGGUCCGGAGCCUGCGGGCCAGCCUGGAGGAGUACACACAGAGAAUCUACGAGCUGAGCGCCCGGACUGAAGCCCUGCAGGAGGAGAUCCAGUGGGAGCUGGCUGAGAGGGCCAAGAGGGGGAAAGAGACCCCUGUACCCAGCCCCACAGAUCUGGAGGACAUGGCCACCAAGAUGAAAAGGGACCUGGAGGCCAAGGUCAAGCAAGGCACACAGCUGGAGAGCAACCUGGCCAGUGUGGAAAAGGCCCUGGAGGAAGCCGAAAGGAACCUUCAGGCACAGACCCAAGAGCUGGAGGAGUUAAAUAAGGAGCUGAGACAGUGUAAUUUGCAGCAGUUUAUUCAGCAGACGGGGGCCACGGUGACUGUCAGGUCCGAGGAGGACGCGCAGCUGGAGCUGAGCCCACGUGAGCUGCCAGCCUGCCCAAGAGACGGAGUUGUAUCAGCCAGGCAGAGCAUGUGGAGGUAGAGGCCAGCCGAGGAUCGAUUGCCUUGCAAGCGUAACUGUAUAAAUGAACCAUAUUAUAUAUAUUAUUUUUUUUACUGCUUUAUAUAGUGAAUGGAUGUGGACGGCCAGACAGAGUAUUUUUACAGACUGUAAAAUAAAACCAGAGAAAAGGACAUGGAGCGACCUUUAUUCCUUGGGGAUGGACAUGACUCCCUUUGUCUGCUUUUUUCAAGCCCUUUCUCCAUGGAGCAGUGCUCGGCAGUGCUCCCAUCCUGGGCAGCCUCUGGAGGAGCCCCAGCCUGCUCUGGGAUGAGCCCUCGCUCCUGUGAGGGGAGCAAAGCUGCGCUGGAGACCUGCCUGGAUGCAGCCAGUCAACGGGUUUUCCAUCACUGAGUGACAGCCAGUGGGGCCGUGGCCCACGGCCUCUUUGCCGGCUCCAGGGAAGGCACGAGAGCAGCUUUAAGACAUGUUUUUCCUCCCCUCAUUUGUUUUUAUUAUUAGAAGAAGCGUGGAGCAGAAGCCCCCCUUCCACCGUGCCACAGACCAGACCACACACCGGGAGUCUGUUUUUAUUAAAUGUGAUGAAUUUCUCAACUUGUUUUUAAACUAAGAAUAAAUGGCAGCCCGUGCCCUGUCCAGGGGCAGUGGGGAGCAGAGCUCAAAUGCUCUUGGGAACAUUUCACUGAUUCUUUGUUUAGCCGAUGGCCAGUAGUUGUUCUCUGUUUCUGUUCAUCUGUCCCAGUGGGUCGCCUUGUAUUUUAAUUGUGAAACCAAAGUGGUUUGGGGAGGGGAGGGGUUUGUCCAGGAGGUCCCUGAGCUCAUUUUCAAUGCAUCGUAUGCAAAAAAAAGAACUGACUUGGGCAGUGGGUUUGCUGUAAAACCCCCCCUUUCCCCUCUGAAUGUAACCUCCACGUGCCACGGGUUUGGUUUUCAAUAAACCUUUGGAAAAGGAUUUGAGCAAAGCGAGCAUCAGCGUGCUGGUGUGGCCUAGGGCCGAUGGCCUGUGGGCAUGUGGCCACUCUUUCGUUCCCAAACCCUUUCUUUCAAUGUGUGCAAUUCAAGCUCUAUUUUUUUUUGACCGAACCCAUCAUAUGCACAUGCUGCUCCUUGUGGGUUUUUUGAAGUCACAAGUUGCU